CACUCAGCUACAUGUGCAAGGCACUAGGUGGAGUCAUUAUGAAAAGUUCUAUCACCCAAAUAGAAAGAAGAUUUGACAUACCAUCUUCCAUUUCCGGUUUGAUUGAUGGCGGCUUUGAAAUUGGAAAUUUAUUAGUUAUUGUAUUUGUGAGUUACUUUGGAUCUAAGCUACACAGACCAAAGCUGAUUGGAAUUGGCUGUUUCAUCAUGGGCAUUGGGAGUAUUCUGACAGCAUUGCCACAUUUCUUCAUGGGAUAUUACAGGUAUGCAGCAGAAAAUGACAUCAGCUCUUUGCACAACUCCACGUUGACCUGUUUAGUCAAUCAAACUACAUCACUCACUGGAACCUCACCUGAGAUAAUGGAGAAAGAUUGUGAAAAGGGGUCCAAGUCAUACAUGUGGAUUUAUGUCUUGAUGGGGAACAUGCUUCGUGGGAUAGGGGAAACGCCAAUAGUGCCCCUAGGAGUUUCCUACAUUGAUGACUUUGCAAAAGAAGGGCAUUCUUCUAUGCACUUAGGUACUCUGCAUACUAUAGCAAUGAUUGGACCAAUCCUUGGCUUUAUCAUGUCAUCUGUGUUUGCUAAGAUAUAUGUAGACGUUGGAUAUGUAGACCUGAGCAGUGUCCGAAUAACUCCGCAGGAUGCUCGUUGGGUUGGUGCCUGGUGGCUCGGCUUCAUUGUGAAUGGACUACUAUGCAUCAUUUCUUCCAUACCAUUCUUUUUUCUACCCAAAAUUCCAAACAGAUCACAGACGGAAAGGAAAAUUUCAGCAUCUCCUCAUGUGCUCAGAACAGAUGAGGAAAAGAAUCACAUGACUAACUUAAUAAAUCACGAGGAAAAAGCUUCUGCCAACAUGACUGGUUUUCUACGGUCUCUGAAAAGCAUCCUUACCAACGACCUAUAUAUUAUAUUCUUGAUACUAACAUUGCUACACAUCAGCAGCUUCAUUGGCUCCUUUACUUACUUGUUCAAGUUUAUAGAGCAACAGUUCGGCCAGUCAGCAUCUCAGGCCAACUUUCUGUUAGGAGCUAUAACCAUACCUACUAUGGCAAGUGGAAUGUUUUUAGGAGGAUUUAUCAUUAAAAAAUUCAAAUUGACCCUGAUUGGAAUCACCAAGUUUGUGUUUUUCACCUCCUCAAUGGCCUAUGUGUUUCAGUUGUUAUAUUUUCCUCUAAUCUGUGAAAACAAGUCCUUUGCUGGCCUAACCUUGACCUACGAUGGAAUGAAACCAGUGGACUCUCACGUAGAUGUACCACUUUCUUAUUGCAACUCGGACUGCAAUUGUGAUAAAAAUCAAUGGGAACCCGUCUGCGGAGAAAAUGGAGUGACUUACAUUUCACCUUGUCUAGCAGGAUGCAAAUCGUUUCGUGGUGAUGAGAAACUGAAUAAUACAGAAUUCUAUGACUGCAGUUGUAUCAGCGACUCUGGUUUCCAGAAGGGAAACCACUCAGCACGGUUGGGUGAAUGCCCAAGAGACCAAUGCAAAACCAAAUAUUACUUUUAUAUAAUUUUUCAAGUCAGUAUGUCUUUUUUCACUGCAAUGGGAAGCACUUCUUUUGUCUUGGUUCUGAUAAAGAUCGUCCAACCUGAAUUGAAAUCACUUGCAAUGGGUUUCCAUUCACUGGUUAUACGAACACUAGGAGGAAUGCUAGCUCCAAUCUAUUAUGGAGCACUAAUUGACAGGACAUGUAUUAAGUGGUCUGUCACCAACUGUGGAACACACGGGGCAUGCAGGCUAUAUAACUCCAGAUUAUUUGGAGUCACCUAUUUGGGUUUGAACAUGUCUUUAAAAACUCCAGCACUUUUUUUAUAUGUUGUAUUAAUUUAUGUCAUAAAGAAAAAAAAUAAAAGAAAUGAUAACAAGAUAUCAGAAAAUGGAAGAAAGUUCACAGAUGAAGGAAACCCAGAAUCAGUAAAUAAAAAUGGACAUUAUUGUGUACCUUCUGAUGAACCGAACAGUGAAACACCUAUUUAA